AUUUUUGUUGUCCUUCUUCCCUUUUCCUUCUUAUUCUAGUAUUGGGUGUUGAAGGAGCUGAAUACCUUCUGAUAUUUGGCCCCAGCUACCUCAGGAUGCGUUCAACGGUGUUUUCAGCCCUCCUCACGGCCUCACACGUCCUUCUUGGCGUGUCGGCAGGCCCUCUCGUGGAGAGACAAAACGGAGCUGGGACGACAUCUUCUCCCACACCUCUCCCAACCGUGGGCUUGAUAGUCAGCACCUUGAGCAAUGGAGAGGAAACAACCGUUGAGUUUUUUGCUCCUCCACAGACGGACACUACUUCGGCAUCAACAACGGCUACGGACGCAGAAACAACGCCCUCUUCGACAAAUGACGCUGCCAAAUCCACGUUAACAUACACCCCGACUGGACUACCUCAGCCAGGUACACAGUUCCCUCGCUGUGAGAAGCCCAGCACAGGCCCUUUCUGUGCGCCGAAGAACGAGGCCACUCUCUACGUCGGCAAGACGUACUAUGCUACCUGGGAUUCGGACCAAUUCCCACUCAACUCCACCAUUGUUGUGAAAGUCCAGUUCAGCAACGACUCCUCUCAGCAAGUUUGGUCAUCCGAGAAGACGAAGAAUUCGUGGGGAUACGUCGCAGUCACGACCGAGAAGGAAUGGCUCCAAGGCUAUGCCAUGUUCAAUCUCACAUUCAGCGCGGUUAUGGUCGACGAAGACAGCGGCAACAGGAAAGCUCAAUCUUUUGACGGGCCCCUUAUUACUCUCCAGAACGAGCCUCCCCGUCACCUGCCCCCACCGGAGAAGAACAAGCUCCACAAGGAGGGACUUCUCAUCGGCCUGCCUGUUGGUCUGGGCUUCGUCCUACUCGUUGUCAUUGGGCUUUACAUCGGCAUGCGCAAGCACCGUAUCAUCGGUCUCGGGAACAUCAUGGGUCGCCGCAAUCGUGGCUAUGGAACGCACAAGAGCAGGAGACAGCGUCUGGGGCUGGGGAAGAAGGGUGCGAUUCAUCUGGAAGAUAGGGAAGUUCCGGCGCAUAGGCCGGGCGAUAGCUUGGGGAGCCUUGUGAGCAAUGAUGAUGAUAUUAGGCCUGCGCCGAGGGGGAACAAUCACUUCAGAGACGAGAUCGCAAGGCAGAAAACAGGACGAUAAAGAAGUGGAGGAAGUAUAGACCGGCUACCAUUGAUUCAGAAAGCAUUCGAAGCGUGCCACAACGGUAAUGCAGCUAUUGUAUACGCAAUCCCACGAUGAUCGUUUCACAUUCACAUCACGUUGGACCCAACUACCAGUUCUGCUCAUCACGUCAAAUCUGCAAUGUGCUGGAGUAAAUCGCUGGAAUUCUGAAGAAGUAC